GGGAGGAGAAGGGAGCGAGGGGAGGGGUAUUGACGCCAUUUUCGGCGGCUGACGGGGAGCCGGGGACGCGGGUCUCGGAGGUUCGGGACGGGUCGGGCUGAUCGCCGCUCGGGACCCGUUUGGCCGAGGCCGGGAGCACCGGGGGCGAGGGGGCCCCGGACGAGGAUGCGCCGGGGCGGCGGCGGCUGCGGCUGCGGCGGCCGGACCUGCCUCCCUCGCUAGUGACCGACUGACAGACGGACGGCCCCACAGCCCUCCCCGGGCGCUCGAGGGGCUUGACGGCUGCUCCCGAGCUCGGGGACCGGCGGCCCCGCCGGCCGGCCCUUUGUUCGCAAUCCUCCCGUCCUUGGCCCCCUAGCCGGCGGAUCUAGGCGGCGGUCCCAGCCCCCUCCCCCCUUGUCAGCCCGCCGGGAGCGCGGCCACCGCAGGAGCAGGACGAAUGUAUGACAACAUGUCCACAAUGGUGUACCUAAAGGAAGACAAGUUGGAGAAGCUCACCCAGGAUGAAAUCAUUUCUAAGACAAAGCAAGUGAUUCAGGGACUGGAAGCUCUGAAGAAUGAACACAAUUCUAUCUUGCAAAGUUUACUUGAGACACUUAAGUGUUUGAAGAAAGAUGAUGAGAGCAAUCUGGUGGAAGAGAAGUCGAACAUGAUUCGCAAGUCACUGGAGAUGUUGGAGCUUGGGCUGAGUGAGGCACAGGUAAUGAUGGCCUUGUCAAACCAUCUAAAUGCGGUUGAAUCAGAGAAACAGAAAUUGCGUGCCCAAGUACGCCGUCUAUGCCAGGAAAAUCAGUGGCUGCGGGAUGAGUUAGCUAACACACAGCAGAAGUUACAAAAAAGUGAGCAGUCUGUGGCUCAGCUGGAGGAAGAAAAGAAACAUCUGGAAUUCAUGAAUCAGUUAAAAAAAUACGAUGAUGACAUUUCUCCAUCAGAGGACAAAGACAAUGAUUCUACCAAAGAACCUCUGGAUGACCUUUUCCCCAAUGAUGAAGAUGACCCAGGUCAAGGAAUUCAACAGCAGCAUAGCAGUGCAGCUGCUGCUGCCCAACAAGGGGGCUAUGAAAUUCCAGCACGACUUAGAACUCUUCAUAACCUCGUUAUUCAGUAUGCUUCCCAAGGUAGAUAUGAGGUUGCUGUACCAUUGUGCAAACAAGCACUAGAAGAUCUUGAGAAGACUUCUGGUCAUGAUCACCCUGAUGUUGCCACCAUGCUAAAUAUCUUGGCUCUGGUAUACAGAGAUCAGAACAAAUACAAAGAUGCAGCUAAUCUGCUAAAUGAUGCACUGGCUAUCCGUGAAAAAACCCUGGGCAAAGAUCAUCCGGCGGUGGCAGCAACUCUGAAUAAUCUUGCAGUGCUCUAUGGUAAAAGAGGGAAGUACAAAGAAGCUGAGCCUUUGUGUAAGAGAGCCCUGGAGAUCAGAGAGAAGGUUUUGGGAAAAGAUCACCCAGAUGUUGCCAAACAGUUAAAUAAUUUGGCCUUACUCUGCCAGAACCAGGGCAAAUAUGAGGAGGUAGAAUAUUAUUAUCAAAGAGCUCUUGAGAUCUACCAGACAAAACUGGGACCAGAUGACCCCAAUGUGGCCAAAACAAAAAAUAAUUUGGCAUCCUGCUACCUGAAGCAAGGGAAAUUCAAGCAGGCUGAAACACUAUACAAGGAGAUUCUCACUCGUGCACAUGAGAGAGAGUUUGGCUCUGUAGAUGAUGAAAAUAAACCCAUUUGGAUGCAUGCUGAGGAGAGAGAAGAAUGCAAAGGAAAACAAAAGGAUGGGACAUCUUUUGGGGAGUAUGGCGGCUGGUACAAAGCUUGCAAAGUUGAUAGUCCAACUGUGACAACUACCUUAAAGAACCUUGGAGCACUUUAUAGACGUCAAGGCAAGUUUGAAGCUGCUGAAACAUUAGAGGAAGCAGCCAUGAGGUCUCGAAAACAGGGUCUUGACAAUGUUCACAAACAGAGAGUAGCUGAAGUGCUAAAUGACCCUGAGAGCACAGAAAAAAGAAGAAGCCGAGAAAGUCUCAAUGUUGAUGUGGUAAAGUACGAGAGUGGUCCUGAUGGAGGGGAGGAAGUGAGUAUGAGCGUAGAGUGGAACGGGGAUGGCACUGGAUCUUUAAAGCGCAGUGGUUCCUUUAGCAAACUUCGGGCUUCAAUUAGACGCAGCAGUGAGAAGCUGGUUAGAAAGCUGAAGGGAGGAAGUUCACGAGACAGUGAACCAAAGAAUCCUGGCAUGAAGCGUGCCAGCUCUCUGAAUGUUCUUAAUAUGGGUGGCAAGGCUGCUGAAGAUCACUUUCAAGAACGAAAUAAUUGUCUGACAGACUCGAGAGUUCUGAGUGCCAGUCACACUGACUUAGCCCAUUGAGGUGCUGGGACUGAAGCUAGCUAUUAACGAAGCACUGAGACUCUCAAAGCUUUGGUUCCUCGUCACUCUUGUUAGGAACAUGUAGAUUAGAGGUUCCCUUGCAAAGGACUCUGAUUUUUUAUAUUUCUAAAAAAUGACUUUUAAAAUGUAGUGACUUUUUCUUUUUAAAGAGACUGUAGGUCACUGCUAUUUUUCUGUGCUUAUACUGAGCUUUGAUACUAAUAGGCUUUGCUAUCACAGUAGCCAUGAGCUAUAGAAACACUGAUAUUUUAAAUAUACCAAUGUAAGAAGGAACAGGAUGGUCUCUAGAUUCCCAGGACUGAAGCAUAGCCAAUCAAGUAACUUAUUAGCCCUUCACUGUGGCAUAGCGUAGGCAGGUUCAGCUUGCUCCACUGCCACUGGCUGUCACAUUUAUACAUGGCUCCCAGAAUAACUAUUGAAAGUGUAGUGUUUUAAUUAGGCUUUCUAGGUACUUAUGUAAGGAGCCUAUCAUCUUACCAUAUUAUGCCAUUGUAGGGUAUUCCAAAAGUCUUGAUCAAAGUUUUAAGCCAUGCUUAAAAAAUUGUGCUUCUGGGACACUUGUAUAUCCAAGAUUGAAUUGUCUGUGGCAGGAGAGUGGGGGAGCUGACAAGCAGUGAAGAUGGUUUGUCACACUUCCCUGUUGUCACUGAUUGCACUAAAUUAUGUUGACUUUAUUUCUCUUCUGCUUUUGGCCCAGUUCUUACUAGGGCCUGUACAACUUGUCAUAAGAGGAAAUGAAACAUUGAUUCUGUGCCAGGCCAUGAUGCUUCACAGAGCCAGCCCCCAGAUUGCCCUUUCCUGUGUCACAGUCUUGGUUGGUGCAGUUGGGGACCUCAGCAGCUCAUCUAUUAACCCCAAGACAGGUUCUGGCUGGAUGACAAGUGGUAUCCUAUAGGCUCUAGGCUUCCUGCACCUACCUAGGCGCUAGGUAUUCUUCUAGGCUUCACUGUAAACUAAAAAGCUGUACCUAUGGUCACCUCAUGAGAUGAGAAGGCUGACUUCAGAUCACUCUUGACUUGAAGAGUAUAAAAAGCUUACAAGGUGUUAUCUGUGCUAGAGCACUGGGAAGCAAAAAGGAAAGAAAGAAUUUAUUGAUUGAUAAGAUCACAAAGGUUAGAAUAUAUACUUUGUGUCAGAGAAAAACACAUCUACAGCUUUUGGUUGUGAGCAGGCUCAAAGGAAAAGAUUAUGACCAUCCUUAUUGUGCAAUGGAGAUGAGUGAACAUUUUGAAUUUAUUUAAUGCAAUAAUGAAGCCAUCUGUAUAUGAAAUGCACUUAAAUAUCUCUAGAGAGAACUUGUUUGGAGUUGGAUAUAUAGUUAAUGUCGAAUGUAGACAUUUUACACAUAGUGAUAAUGCUGCUAAUUUUAGUUUCUCAUAAUGCACCAUACUUUGUUGGUGAAUUCAAGAGAACAAACUCUUUGGGAUUAUUUUAUAGCAAUUUUAUUUUUAAAGUUAAUUUGUUAAAAAGCCUUUAUAUAGUCAUUAAUAUAUUGUAAUAGAUUGCAAAGAUUAUGUAUCUGUGUGAGGUGUAUAUGCACAUUUUUUCAGUUAUAUGCAUAGAUUUUCAAUAUCAAAAUGUCCAUUGUUCCUACCUUCUAAAGAAGAUUUCAUGUUCCAUGACCAUUAGCAUCAUUAUGUGAUCCCUGCUUUUUUAGUGUGCUAUCUGUUCUUCUUUUACCUUCUUUCCUUGACAGUGAGACCAUGCUGCUUCACAGAGCUAGAGACAUAGCCUCCAAAUUGCCCUUCUUGAUAACAUUUAAGCUUGCAGGUUCUCAUAGAACUGGAACAUAUACUUUGCAUUUAUUUUGCCUUUAAAAUUUUAUAGAAAUAGAUGUACUUAGAAAAUUUCUGUCAGUAGCAGAAACAGCCAGGGCCGGCUGUUUUGGUUUCAUGGCUCUUUAAGUCCCAUUUUUUUUAAUGGACUAGCUCUUGGUGUGCUGUAUCUAAAUUUGAUACAUAAAAUACAUGAUUCAUUACACAUGAGAAAGUGACAGGGAGCAUGGCACAGUGGAUAGAGAACUAUUCUUGGAGUUAGGAAGACCUGGGUUCAAGUCUUGCCUUUGUUACAUAACUGACUGUGUGACCCUGGGCAUAUUAUUUAUCCUCUAAGUUCCCCAGGCAUAAAGUACAAUGAGGGGGGCAAUUUGUAUUGGUAGAACAAGUUCCAGAGUUCUUUUCCAGGAAUUUGCUAAACUGAUAAAAUCAUAGGUGUAGUUUAAAAAAAAAGAAAAUAGGCAUAUUGCUUACUCCUUCCUUACUUUGUUCUCGCUAGUCACAACUUAAAAUUCUUUCCUUUCCCUAAUCAAAACUGAUUUCAUUAUACAUGAGAUGCACACAGUAACCUAAUGACUGAUGGCCCAGUUCACUCUAGGAUAAAAAAAGCCAGGGCAGUUAGGGUGGAUGGAAACAAAGACUUGAAAGUAGCAUUUCACGUCAAAUUUCAAGAGUUACUAGGCCUACCUUUACAUCUUUGUUAAAGAAUCCAAUUUAGGUUUGUCUCAGUUCUCUGUAGAUACAUAGUUAUGACUUUCAUCUUUCAAUAAUUUACUGAUUGGAAGUUGUAUAAGUGGAUUUCCUAACAUUUGAGACCAUAAGAGUUAGAAAUUACAGAAUUACAUCACUGGUGAAACCAGGCUGAAAACUAAUUUCCCUUUUGAGAACUUGGAUUGCAUUCUUCUUGGCUGCAUUUCAAGAUGACAGUUUAACCUGGAAAACUCUGCUUGAAAUCCUGACCCUUAGAUAUUCAUAACAAUGCAAACAUCCACCAGUGUGUUGCUAUUUUAAUUGAAGUUUCUGAAAUGAAAUUGCCUUAAAAAAAAACUCCAAAACAUCCAAGUAGAUGUCUUUUUAUAUUCACAUUCUUAUAUUCAAACCCAUUUGGUUUUUGCUCAUAAUUUGGCCAAAAGAUCUUACCACCAGCAUUGCAGAGAAAGGAAUCCUGCACACAUUUCUAUGUGUCUUUGAAGUGCAACUUGUGCAUGACUAGGGAGCACCAAAAGUUGAUGAGAAACAUAAAGGUGAAGUUACUAUGGACCAGUACUAUGCUCUCAUACCUAAAACUUUCCUCUGGUGAAUUCUUCAGGAAAGAGUCUGUCUGUUCCAGGGAUGGUUACUGUUUUUAAUGAGAUAAUGAAUAGCACUUUAGAUAGGCUAUUUUCAUAUUGUGUGGUUUUUUAUCAUUCUCUUCCUCACUUUGAAGGUCAGUGAAAAAUCACAAAGCAAAGUUAUUUAAAGUUUAUAUAUAGGUUGAUGAAUAAGGUGAAAGUUAAGGGGUUUACAUAGCCUGCUAAACAGUAGGUUUUUAACAUUUGGUUAUCUGAGUUUCUGUUGUUGAAAAUGCAUGUUAGCACUUGUUCUUGUGUAUGUUUACAAUAUAUGAUAGGGUCACAUGUACAGCUUGGGUAUGUUUUUGGUAACUAUUCAGAGGGCUGCUAAAAAUACAUUUUAAAUGUAAUUGUUAGGUUUAUUCAUGGAAGGGAGCACAGAUAUUGCUAGGAACUCAGGAUUGACUAUCUGAAAUUAUGUAGAAUAGAUUUUUGAAGGUUUAUAACUCCUUUAGAGAUUGCUUUGUUAGAUAUAUACCUACUUAGGAAACUAAUUUCUGACAUGAUUAAGUCUUUGCAGUUAAUAUUUUCAAGAAGUUUACACUGAUUAGAUUUAAAAAAAAAUCAUGUAGGGCUCUCCCCUACAGUCAUUUUAAAAGUAAAUACACACAAGUCUCUUGGGACUUGACGUGUACCACAAAGGUCCUUUGGUCAGAGGAGAGUCUAGGCUGAUAUACAAAGACACUGUAACUGUUUAAUUUCCCAGAAGUUUGAGGGGCGAUUUAAUUAUUUGAAAAAGAAAUAUGAAGAUAAGUUAGAAAUCACAAAUUUCAUCAGGCAGAUAGACUUAAAAGGUCAGAAUGGCUAUCUUGGAUAGGAUAAGAAUUGUAGCAUAGUUCUUGUGUUUGAGGUCUGGAGUAUGUCUGAUGCCUUUCUAGGAUGACAAUGUUUUAAACCAGGCUACUAAAGCUAAGGACUGUAUCUGGAGAGGUCAGGGAGUUGUUUUUGUAGCAGUUUGGACUCUAUGAUGCUCUUGUCACUUUUUAACAUUUUUCCAUUUAAAGAUACUAGAUUCGCCCAAAGAAUAGUUUGACAAAAAAAAUUUACAAAAUAUUUACUGUGUAUUUCAUAAGUUUAAGAAAUGUUUGCUUCCCUACUGAUGAAAAGGAUGGCAAAGUACACACUGUUCAGUGUACCUUUGAGGGGAAACUGCACAUCUAACACAUUUCUAGGCAGCAUAGGGAGAAGUAGCAGAGGAAACUUUGGGCUUUGGAGUCAGGAGAGUUGAGCUUGGCUCCUCCCUUUGGGUGCUUCUUAGCUGUUGGCCCCUGGGCAAGUCAUCCCUAUCUGUAAAAUGGGGACAGUAUUGCUACCACCUCAUAUGGCUGUUGUGGGAAAGGUGCUUUGCCAACCUUAAAGUGCUAUAGAGAUGUGAGUUGUUACAGAUACUAGAGGCAGUGAGAUGUGCAUAUGCACUACCAGUAUCAUGGCUUCUUCUGUAGCCUGUACUGCUUGAGAGAGGACAUGGAGGUAGUAGUAUCAAGGAUAUGGAGCUUUCUUUUUUAGAAAAGUAUUUCAUUUCUUAAGCUUGGUAUAAAGGUUUUCACUUGAUACCUAUUUUAUAACCACAUUUUCUCUAUUGAUGGUAGUGUCAAAUCUGAGUGUUUACGUUGAUUCUGGGAUUUACUGCAUGUUUUCAGAAGUGUGUGUCAUUUCUAUUAAAUUUGUGCUCCAUCUUAGUGCUUUGGUCUUAUUUUUAAAUGUGCUAUUUAUCUUACGUAGAGGACCCAUUGGCAUUUUUCUGAAAAAUAAACUUAUUUGCUACAAAUUAAUUAAA